AAAGGCUUAUCAGUUUUAGUUCUAGCAGAUUAUGAAGAAUAAAAAAAAUUAUUUUUUUUUUCAAAGAUUAUAUGAUACAAAUGCAGCUUUAGAUGAUACAUAUGAUGAUAAUACAGAAGAAAAACAGAAGGAAGAAGAAAAUGAAGAUUGUAAGAGUGAAGAAAAAAUGCAUACUAAAACUCUUCUUCUCGAUGCUAAGUUAGGAAAUGCAGCGAAGAAACCAUUUAAGAAGAAGGAAGCAUCUGAGCAUGAAAAAGUGCCAGUAGAUAAGAAAGUUAAGACUGAAAGCUCAGCAGUCAAAGAAAAACCUGGAAAAAGAUUAUAUGAGAGGAGAGCAUCUGGGUUUAAUCUAAAUGCUAGAGAAGUGCAACCAAUAAAGAAAAUUAAGACUGAAAGCCAGAAUACACAAUCAGGAGAAGAUUAUCCACUUAGUAAUAUCAAGGAUUGGGACCCAGAUGAGAAUCUUCUCAACCCUAGCAGCACCUUUGUGAGAGAUCCUGAAACACCACCUACCGGUACUUCAACUGAUGCCAGUUUAUUGAGUACAGUCACAUUAAGGGGUAUCAACUGGUACGCCACAGGUAUCUGGAGUCCUACAACAAUAUUAAGAGAUUGGAACCUGUCAGGUGAACAGCCUGCCAACAUGGCUGGCUGGGAUGAGCAAGAUGAACAGCCUGACAUAUUUAAUGAACAAAUUGAUGAACAGCAUAAUGUAGAUGAACUGGCAUUAUUAUUAUAUGACAUUAAUGUUUUUAUUCAAGAGGAUAAUAAAUGAUUUAAUUUCAUUCCAUUAUUGGGUCUACUCUGACAUAUAAUGAAUGUAUAUGAGAAAUUAUAAAACUUGUUUUGUCCUUGAUAUACAUUGCUUUGAAAAUAUCAUA